ACCCCCGCAGCCAGGGGGUCCUGGCAGCUCCCUUCUGCCCUGGGGAGCAGCUUCCAGCAGGGCGAGAAGUACGUGGUGCUGAAGCAACGCUCCCAGGAAGCAGCGCCUGGCCCGCCGGCCGGCAUGGCCCUGUGGGAGGGCCCGCGGGCAGGGCCAGAGGAAGAGGCUGCAUUGCCCCACAUCCUGGUCACUGACUUCAGUGCUUCGAGCACUGCAGCCUGGGGCAGCCUUGAGGGGGUCCCUGCUACAGCCCCCGACCCACAGCCGGAGUCCGAGCCCCCAAGAGCGGCAGAGGAGGAUGCAGAGAGCAUCUCCAAGCCGGAGUCGGAGCAGGAUGCCUCCGAAGAUGGAGGGAGCAGCCUGGGCUCCAGCUCUGUGGCGCUGGACCCUGUGGAGAAGGAGUGGCUGCAGGGGGCAGCCAGCGGGCACCUGCUCACCCUGAGUCACCUGCUCAAACAGGAGCCGUCCCUGGUCACCAGGAAGACAGCGCUGCACUGGGCGGCCAAGCACGGCAAGGAGGACUUGGCCUCGCUGCUGGUGGCUGCAGGAGCCGAUGUGAACACGCGCUCGCUGCUGUGCGGGCAGGAGAAGCCGGGGGCUGCCGGGGGCUUGCCAGGACACCAGGCGGAGGGGGCUGUGCUGGGCGAGGGCCUGAGCUCCGGCGGGAUGGGGCAUGGCGUGAGUAUGCAGGUGCCCGGGGACGGACAGACGGACGGACCUCGCAGCAGGCUCCUCAGGACAGAUUAG